CCCAGGCUGCGGCGUAGGCUGAUCCGCCCCCUCGCGAGCUUCCACGUACACACUCCGAGCGCCUCUCCCCUCCGCCGAGGCAGAGCACAUCCGGGUCGCUGGAGCUAGUACCGCAGGCCCCGCCCCUUUCCCCACGCACUCACCUUCACUUCCGGCCACCUCAGGCCUUUUCCGCUUGCUCUCCGCCGCUCUUAAUCUCUGCUUCCCAGGUCGUCCCCAGCUGUAGGUCCUGGUCCCUUAGCACCCCUCACCCGCCCCCAGCGGUUCGCUCCUCACCCGGAGUCUCUCCGAGGUUCGGAGCGACUCUGCCGUGCGUCUUCGCGGAGCGGCCGGGGCUGAGGCCUGCCGCGCACGGUGAGUCCGCGCAGACCUGACCGCGCGUCUCCCCUCAGCUCCGUGGAGGCAGCCGCCGCCGCCUUGGGAUGCCGCGGCUGGGGUCCGCGCAACGCUGGGCGGUCGCCGCGGGCCGUUGGGGCUGCAGGCUGCUCGCACUGCUGCUGCUGCUGGUGCCGGCACCUGGGGGAGCCUCUGAGAUCACCUUCGAGCUGCCCGACAAUGCCAAGCAGUGUUUCUACGAGGACAUCACGCAAGGAACGAAGUGCACCCUGGAGUUCCAGGUGAUUACUGGCGGUCACUAUGAUGUAGAUUGUCGAUUAGAAGAUCCCGAUGGUAACGUGUUAUACAAAGAGAUGAAGAAGCAGUAUGAUAGUUUUACCUUCACAGCUUCCAAAAAUGGGACAUACAAAUUUUGCUUCAGCAAUGAAUUUUCUACUUUCACACAUAAAACUGUAUAUUUUGAUUUUCAAGUUGGAGAAGACCCACCUUUGUUUCCUAGUGAGAACCGCGUCAGUGCUCUUACCCAGAUGGAAUCUGCCUGUGUUUCAAUUCACGAAGCUCUGAAGUCUGUCAUCGACUAUCAGACUCAUUUCCGUUUGAGAGAAGCUCAAGGCCGAAGCCGAGCAGAAGAUCUAAAUACAAGAGUGGCCUAUUGGUCAGUAGGAGAAGCCCUCAUUCUUCUGGUGGUUAGCAUAGGGCAAGUGUUUCUUCUAAAAAGCUUUUUCUCAGAUAAAAGAACCACCACAACUCGUGUUGGAUCAUAACUACGUUUUGAGAAUUGAUGCAUCGUUGCCACUGUAAUAUUGCUGUCCUCUAAUUAAUUUUAGGUACUGAAGAACUGAAUAUUGGCAACAUUUAAAAACCCUUACUCAUAUACUUGUUGGGGUGGGGGGUGUACAAGGCAUAUCCCCAAACUGUGGAAAGGACACCUUUUUCUAUUUGUAAAGGUAUAAAAACUUUGGAACUUAUUUUGGGCUAUUCAUGUUAAAUAUUCAACACCAAUGAUCCACUCUUUUCUUGGUUGUUUAUAUCUACUCUUCACACACUAGACUUUGGUAUUUUGAUUCCUUUUAGUCAUUUAAAAGUACUUUUCUUAUAGGUAGUGGAUAUUUUUCAAACCUUCGAUUUAAUGUCUACAUGUGUUGUGGAGGAAGAAAAUUGCCUUUGAAUUAUUUGUAGUAAAUAAGGUUUUGUUUUUCAGAAAAGCAAAUGUGAUUAACUGUAGCCCAAGCCCUAUUCUGCACUGUUUAAUUUUUAUGGGGGAAAAAAACUACAAUAAAAAUGUUUGUUAAUAUUGAUAUAGUUUUAAGUUGAUAAAUCAUGGUAUAAUUUAUUUUUCACUAGCUUGAAAAAUGUCAGAUUGUUUUUGGGGGGUUAUUCUAUGAUUUACAACCAGAUAUGUUGUGUUUUUUUUUCAUAAAGACAUUCUUAACCAAAAAAAAAAAAACACACCUUCUUACCACACAGAAAAUAGUAUGUUUCAAUAACAUACAGGCCUUAAAAAUCAGAUUAUCAUAACAGAUAGAAUAAUUAAAAAAUAAUUUAAGACACUAGAAUGUCUUAUAGAGGAACGCAAAUAGGAAAAUUUUUAGUGUGUUAUCAUUUUCAGCUCUUUUACAAAGAAAAAAGAUGAUCUGUUUCAUUUUAACAUUUUAAUUGGCUGGUUCUUGCUUUUAUGUGGCUUUUAUGUCUUUCAGUCAUUCCCAACUUAAAUUGACAGUUAUAAUAUUAGUAUCAUAAAAGUGCCAUACGUUUUAUAGUGAUGGGUGUGAUGCACUGAGAAGUUAGUUUCUUUUGUUUUUUCUUUUUUUUUUUUUUCUCUUGCACAUGUGAUUUGUACAAUCUCUGGUUGGCAGCCCUUACAAUGAUUUAAAAAUUUAGAGUGCUGUGUGUGUGGUUUUUUUUUAUUUGAUAAUCUUCAUUUCAAAUAAAGUACUGCGCUUAAUGAA